AUGAAGAAUCACAAGCAAUUACUUUCCAUUAACGACUUACCACCGUCAAUUCCAGCAUUCAAUAUAGUUGACUUGGCCCAUGCUGUGGAUACAUUCAGACCUUGUCUGUUCAACGAUUACGAGUUGCCGCAUGAGCUUCCAGUUUAUGACAAGUCAACGGGUACGUUCAAGCGAUUCAUAAACAGGAACAGAUUGCUGAGGAGAGUCGCUAGUGCGCCACCAAUGGUUACGAGAAAUGAUAAGGAAUUGCCUGUGGCACCAGAUGCAAAGAGAAAUGCGGUGCCGUUGGUCAUGAACAAGGGGCCAGCCCGGCCUUUAAGAAACCCGCGACCAAGGAUAGUGCUGGGACCACCGGUACCACCAAAGGAGCCACAGUAUGGUAUCAUCUCAUGGCACAAGCCUCCUGCGGUACCGUUGCGUCAAAGCUGCUCCAAGCGAAGAUUCCUGCUGCAACAACUUUCGGAACUUUCUGCAUCGUAUCAAGUUGAGCCGUUGAAGCUGAGGAGUAUACAAAGUAGCAUGCAUAAGAUGCCACCCGUGUCUCCAUUAUCUCCAAAAGACACCCCUCUUGUGUAUCCCGUGGAUAAUGAAGUUGAUGAUUUCCUUUCGGAUGAAGCGUGGUGCUAUCGAGAUAUGUACUGA